GCCCCAUUUAUAAAUGUUGACACAGCAGGGAACGUAACUCUUCAUAUGCAUAGCAGACAGAUGAACAAUGAUAACCCUCUUCGAUAUAAUUAUGUUUUUUUUUUUUUUGUCUUUUUUGUCUUUUUAUUAAUUGCAUUGAAAACAUAGUAUGUCUUUCCACUUAGUGAGGAGGAGGAAGAUGCAUGGAGGGAUAAAACCCUGCUGAAGUCGAGGCACUCCGCCGUAGCCCGCUGAUGUCUUUGAUGGAGCAUGGAGGAGUCCACAUCAGGCCAGUGACGGCAAUAGCCUGGACCUCCAACGGCAGCACCUGCCCCAAAGAAUUCAACCUGAUCAGCCUCACUGAGGAUGGGGCAGCAGCGAACUUUACCCGCAGCUUUGGGAUGAAGUCUGGCUAUUACCUCUGUUACAGCAAGGACCUGUCAGGUGGCAUGGUGGUGUCAGAUGUCCAGGUCAUCUCGGACAAAGAGACCAUUCCUCAUGGUUACUGCUACAUAGCGGAGCACCUAGAACCCAAGGCCUCUGUGUGGAAGAAGAAGCGUGUGUGUGUACGUGUCGUCCCAGUGGGCAGUGUGGACACAGCUGUGUUGGAUAUCAAGCUGACAGCCAAAAGCAAAAUGAUGUUGCAGCAUUACACAUGUGUGGGAGACAUCCAUGGCUAUGUGUUAUGGUGCAGAAAGGGACAUUUUUCCAGCCCCAUGCCCCAAGCUAAACCUCGCAGUAUCAGCCUGGACCUCCACAAACUUUCCCUGGACCAGCCAGCUCCUCCUCUGCCCCUUAGGCCCAGCAACCCUCCUCCUCCGCUGCCCCAUUCCAAAUUAAGUCAGAGGCGCUGCAGCCUCAAAUCCAGGGACACCACGGACAAAGCAGCAGAUAACAGCACUAUCUAUGGAAUCACAGCUAUAGAUGGAGUUCCCUUUGCCCUUCACCCAAAGUUUGAGAUACAGAAGAACGGCAUGACUCCGCAACUAAACAACAUUCGAAUUAAGUCGCUCCAGGACAUUGAAAAUGAGUAUAACUAUACUUUUGCCGUGGAGGAAUCUGCUGCCAAAAGAACCAGACCGUCGGUCUCAACAGGAAGUGCCUCAUAAGCUCAGUGACCUUUGCAUCAGCAGUAACGUCAGGCUUCUGCUGUAAUGCUGCCCACAGGCGUUCCUCACAGCAGCACCUCAGGUGCUGGCAGAGAUGAAGGAUGAUCAGAGCUACUUUUAAACUGAAACUUUAAAUUAAAAAUCAAGUUUUUGUAGGGUUCCGAUGGUAAGUGGAUAUAUUAUGUUGGGGCCAUACCUGAGAUGAUAUCAUACGCCAAAAGCAUUUAUAAGUGGUUGGCUGUUUUGCUGCUAUUAAGCAUGUUCCCUGCAUUCCUUUUUGUAUUAAGUCAUUCCAAGUCCAUAUUUAUAGUUCCUACCUUCAAGCAUUACGUGUUUCUUUUAACCAAAAUGUUGGCCUUUUUGAAUAGCAUCAUAUUUAUAAUUAUAUAUAUAUAUAUAUAUAUAUAUAUAUGUAUCUGUUUUUUUUUGUUUUGUUUUUUUUUUUUAAUGUGUUUUUACUCUGUAUACUUGGUUGAAGGGAUUUGAUUGGGUAUACAGGCUUUCAAGGCAUUACAGGGUUGAAGGUAAAUCUAGAUCCAUUUGGGACUGUUCUCCUGCCACAUGAAGUACGUCUUCUUUGCUUUGUACAUGCUUGAUACCAGAUAGUGGCAUACUUCUAGGUAACAGAUUGUUCACACAUUCAGACUAAAAAUAAAUUUGAAUCAAAAUUGCAUGUGACUUAAUACAUCAUGUGGGUGCAGUUUCCUUUGCUGAGGGAUUUGUGUUCCUUGCACUCCUGUACACCUGUGCUAAAUGUAGAACGUUAAAACCUGGCUUAUUUAGACAUACCCUGGAGUGGAAUGCAUCUUUAAUAAUUUUAGCAGUCUACAGUGUCUAACAAUUAAUUUCUUAAGAAGUGCUGGAAUAUUGAGUCUGGUGUAUUUUGGCAAAUGAACUUAUGCUCUAGGUGUGCAGAGCUAAAGAGACACAGGUAUACAAAGGUGUAGUGUAUCUCUUGUACUGUCAGAAUUGUACUAGUCUAAAAAUAUACUAAAUAUCUUGUUCAAGUGAAUGGAGGAGGGUUGUAUUUUUUGCUCUUUGUGUUCAUAUCUACACAGGAUAUAACAGAUAAUGGUGAGAGGAUUUUUUUUUUAUUGUUGGCUUUUUUUGUUGGCUUUGGGACAGUACUCUGGGUGAGUGUAAAAUGUACCAUGUAUAAUGUUAAUGUUUGUGUUACAGUUUGUUUAUUUUUAUGGUUUGUACAAGAACCUUUGAAUGCAUUAAAAAAAACAAAACAAAUAAAGACAAAACUAUAUUAGGCAAUAUUG